AUGAGUCAUCGGGAAUUAAUGAGCGUGACUAACAAAAUUGUAAACAAAAUUGUAAACAAAAUUGUAAACAAAAUUGUAAGCAAAAUUGUAAACAAAAUUGUAGACAAACUUGUAAACAAAAUUGUAGACAAAAUUGUAGAGGAUUAUAUGAAGGCGAAUAAGCCGCAAAAGAACAUA